AUGGAAGGAGAAAUCCCCAACUUCGUUAUGGUGUGGACCUUAGUCGUCGCAUCCCUAACCUACUGCCACACCAUCGGAAACCUAACAUCUCCGGGAAAAACCAGACUUCUCUUCGUCCUUCCGGUAGUUCUCUUCUUCUUCUACCUCCCUCUUCACCUCACCACCAUCUUCCUCGGCGGCCCCACCUCCUUCUUCCUCUGUUGGCUCGCUAACUUCAAGCUCCUCCUCUUCGCUUUCGGCAAAGGUCCCUUAUCGUCUGACCCGCCCCUCGCUCAUUUCAUCCCCUUGGCUUGUCUCCCCAUCAAGUUCCGAUCAGACUCCGAGAAGAAGGUCCAAAAUGUAAAGAAGGGCCAAAAGUCGACUCUCAACUACGCCGUAAAGGCUCUCAUAUUCUCCACUUCGAUUCAAGUUUUCCACAACAAGGAGUCCAUCCACCCCAAGAUAGUUAUGUUUCUUUACGCCAUUUACUUGUACACCGGUUUAGAGCUCAUCCUGGCCAUGGUUGCCGCUGCGGCUCGAGUCUUCUUGGGCGUCGACUUCGAGCCGCAGUUUGACGAGCCCUACCUCGCUACUUCCCUCCAGGACUUUUGGGGGAGGAGGUGGAACAUCAUGGUCAACAGGAUCCUUCACCCCACCGUGUACGAACCAGUCCGGGACAUUUCCAUCCGUCUGAUCGGGAAAGAGUGGGCCCCUCUACCGGCAGUGCUCGCGACCUUUCUGGUGUCGGCGUUGAUGCAUGAGUUUGUAUUCUACUACAUCGGUCGGACCAAGCCCACGUGGGAACUCACAUGCUUCUUUCUCCUCCACGGGGUGUGUUUGUCUAUUGAGAUCACUGUUAAGAAGGCGUUUAGAGGGAGUACGUGGCGGUUGCCGGCGAUCGUGUCAGGGCCUCUGGCAAUGGCUUUCGUGGUGGUUACCGGGUCGUGGCUGUUUUUGCCGUCUUUGAUGGGGCGGUGCCAGGCGGACGUCAUGGCGGUUAGGGAGUACAUGGCCUUCCUUGAAUUCAUGAAGCGUGUAGGUGAUUUUCUCAAUGUUAACUCUCUCCUGAGCAUGGUCAGUAGACAGAAGUCAUAG